AUGACAACUCCACGUCGCGCAAGUCAACAAUCGACAAGUCCAUAUACACACGAACCGAAACCUCAGCAAGAGCGCGAAGAUGGCAACCUGCCCCAAUACAACUCCAAUGGCCAUGUUGUGACUCGAGGCAUCCAACCUAACGGCGAGAGUGGCAGACAAUGGUUCCAUCCUUACCAUUUCUUGAGGGUGUGUUGGGCUAGUUCAUGUACUGCUUCCAAGUAUGUAAAUGUUCUAUGGCCGUUCGUUCCUGCCGCUAUUGCCUUGCACUUCGCCAGGCCCGAGCAACACCUUUGGAUCUUCAUCCUGUCUUACGUCGCCAUGGUCCCCUCAGCAAACUUGAUAGGCUUCGCGGGUCAAGAACUGGCGAGGAAGCUUCCAACUGUUCUCGGCGUUGUCCUUGAGACCACAUUGGGAUCCCUGGUUGAGAUGAUUCUCUUCAUUGUGCUUCUGGUCAACCAAGGAGCCCAAGGUGUUCCUGUCGUUCAAGCCGCCAUUCUUGGUAGUAUUCUAGCGAACUUGCUGCUCUGCAUGGGACUCUGCUUCUUCUUCGGAGGCCUGCGCCGCCACGAACAGCAAUUCCACGACGUCGUUAGUGACACAGGGAGCAAUCUCAUGCUGGUUGCUGGCAUGGCCCUCGUGAUCCCGGUCACUUACGCCAACGCUCUUAGAGGCCGCGAGAAUCUGUCUACCAACCAGCUCGAGCUCGAGGUUGUCAAGAUUUCUCGCGCUACUGCUAUCGUUCUUGUUCUGGCAUUCGCGGUUUACACCUUCUUCCAGAUGAAGUCGCAUCAUGGAUUCUAUGAUGACAUUCUUGAACAGGACGAACAGAAUGACGUGGAUCGUCAUCGUGAUUUGGCUAAACCGAAGCUGACCCUCACUGAGUCCGUCAUAGCUCUUGCUCUCGCCAUCACUUUCGUCUCAAUGAUGGCCGUUUUCCUUGUUGAAAACAUCGAUUAUAUGAUCCAUCACCGUCAUAUAUCGGACUCCUUCCUUGGCCUCAUUUUGGUUCCACUGGUCGAAAAGGCUGCCGAACACAUUACCGCGAUCGAUGAAGCAUGGGAUAAUCAGAUGAACUUUGCCCUGUCACAUAUUCUGGGUGCAUCUAUUCAGACCGCGUUGUUGAACACUCCUCUUGCAGUCAUAGUUGGUUGGGGACUGGACAUACACAUGUCUAUGAACUUUGAGAUGUUUGAUGCAGUCGUCCUCAUCCUGGCUAUCUUGGUGGUCGGCCAAUUCUUGCGUGACGGCAAGUCCAACUAUCUUGAAGGAGCGCUGUGCUUCUUUGUGUAUGUGCUUAUCGCCGUUGCUGCUUUCUAUUAUCCCAACCCAGUCGAGGGGCACGAGACUGCGGGCAGUAGUGUGUCUGAAUAA